UAAACCGGAAGUACUGCACUGCUACAACACACUUGCUAAUGAUGUUGAUCUUAAAGGAAACGACAAAGACACCGCCAAGCUAACAAACACUGCCUGUCGCUCAAAGCCCGCUCACUGCUACGAUGGCUUGCUGUGCUACACGCUGGUUUGUGUAACUUGGUGAAAUGGAGAUGGACGAUGAGCUGGAGAACUUCAUCAGGCAGCGCAAGGCCAGAGUGGCCGAAGAUAAGGCCAGUUUACAGCAAGACCCCCCUUACAUGGAAAUAAAGUCAAAACCCUACAGAGCGUAUGGAUCCACUGUUAAGGAGAACAUCCCUCCCAAGUCAAUACCACAGGAAAAAGAGGACAGCUGUAGCGUUGGUCUGCCCCUCGGUGUGGAGUACGAGAAGAAGAAGCAGCGGCUGCAGCAUGAGCUCCGGAUGGACUACAGGCGCUACAUGGCUCAGAGGAACCACUUUGACCCCGGUAGGCCUGGACCUUUAAUUCACCUCGAUAACAGGUCGUCUCUCAAGCAGCACCUGCUUGAAGACCAGUCAGGUCUUGUGUCCAACCAGCGAUCGUCCCUGCAGAGAGAUGCAGCCACUCUGACAGAGGAUAAUAGAGGGUUUCACAGAGCUCCACGCCUCACUGAAGUUAAGACUCUCUGCCCUGAGGAGGACGAGGAGCAGCUGUCAGAAGUUCCCAGGCAUCGUGACCGGCUUGGGAGGCCAGUGGACCAGGAAUCAGAGGAGGAGGAAUACUUCAAAGAUGAGCUGGAGCUGAUGGAAGGCAGAAGGCGCAGACCUAUGGGGGUUGAGGCCAGCUAUGAGAUAACACGAUCCACUGGGACUGAUGGGAGGGAAAAGAACACAGUAGGUGUUGCCAGGGAGGGAAGAAGGUGGAGAGCACUGACCAAGAACGAGGAGGCUGAGUUUACCACUGGUCUUAUAAUCGGAGCAGCUGAUACAGACGAGGCUUUGCAGAGGAGGAAGGACCGUUACAGACAGGAGCUGGAGGAGCAGAUAGCUGAACAGCACCGGAACAAGAAGAGGGAAAAAGAUUUGGAGUUAAAAGUUGCAGCAACCGGAGCAAAUGACCCUGAGAAACAGCCUGACCGAAUCAGGCAGUUUGGACUGAGCAGGAGAAAAGAUUCUCAGCGUUUGGAGCCCUCGCCAACAGGAGAGAGUGGAUCAUCUUCUAGAGCGCUGAUCCAUAAUGAGAAGACCGGUGCUAGAGAAAGGGACCUGCCUCCUCCUGAGCAGCCCUUUGUGGCCUUUCAGUCCCCGGUGCUGGAGUACAGCUCUGCUCUGGGCCUGGGGGGCAAUAGUCUGCCUCACAGCACCCAGCCUGCAGCCCCUUCUUUCCCCAGCGCAACGGACAUCCCCAGAAAUCCUCUGUUUACUCCUCACCCUCCUUCACUGAGUGAGGUCUACAGAAGUCCGUAUGGAGAACCGCAUCACUACUACGGCACCAGAAACCUGCUCGACCCAAACAUGGCCUACUAUGGUCACCUGUCUGUUCCUGGUGCUGGCCUUCCCAUGUCCUACUGGAAUAUACCACCAGGUGGAGCCAGUCGUUUUGGGAACCACAGCCCUCACAGCCAGCACAGUGGAAGCAGCUUCCCUGAGCCUCCAAUACAACCCAGCAACGACACUGCUGCUGUGGAAACGCAGCUCAGGGUUUUCCCUUCAGAGAGAUCCAGAUCAAACAGGGAUAGGAUUCUGAGCUACAGAGAGGCUCUGAAGCAACAGAUCCAGGAGCAACACGAACGGAGGCGUCUGGAGAGGGAGGAGAAGGAGCGCUACGAGGCCCAGCUGGAGGCAGACAUGAAGAACCACCAGCCCUGGGGGAGAGGUGGAGGAGGAGCCCCGCUGAGGGACAGCACCGGAAAACUCAUCGCUGACCUUAAUCAGAUGCACAAACUGAAUGAGGAAGCCAACAGCAACCCGGAGCAGUGGCAGAGGAGAGCCAUGGCCGCUGUGUCGGCCCUCCGAGCAGAACUCUCCGACCCCAAUGAGAGGGUCUCAGGAUUCACCCAUGUCCAAACACCACAGUUUGCCAGAGGCAAAGUUUUUGCCAACCAGCCCACUGAGCAGCAGCUCCAGGAGCAGGACAAAUACAAAGCUUACCUCAAGCAGCAGAUUGAGGAGAAAAUGCGUAAAAAAGCAGAGGAGAGGGAACGAACCAGACUGGAGGAGGAGAGAGAGGAGAAGAGGCUGGAAGAGCAGAGGGCUCGCAUUCAGAGGGAGUACGAGGAAGAACAAGAGAGGAAGAAACGAAAGGAAAUGGAGCAAAAGGCCAAGAAUGAAGAGCUGAUUCAGCUGGCUGAGCAAAGGAAGAAGGAAGCAGAGAAGAAAAAGAAGGAGGCAGAGGAGAAGGAGAAUGCAGCGCUGAGGAAACAGUUUGAAAGGGAAAGGCAGGCACGAGUGGAGGAGGUCUGCAGGGAGCCCUCGCCACCAAUCCCCACUCUGCGGAAAAAACUUGGGUUGCACCAGCACACCCCCAGACCCCCCACUGUGGACAGCCAGCAGUCCACAGCCCCGUUGUCUGAGCGCUCUUUGUCUGGUCUCCAGUCCCCUCCAGUCCCUGCUUGUAGGAACCAGCUCCGAGCUGCAGGAGACCAACAUGACUUGUUCAGGGAGCUGUCGGCGUUGCGUCGGCAGCUUCGCAGUGAACAAAAACGUCUGGAAGGUCACAUGCAGCAGGGCGACUGGGAGGAAUUCGACUCUCCUCUGAGCAACAGACAUCGGGAGCGUCCCACAGUGGAUGUGUUUGACAUGGCCAGACUGAGGCUCCAGGCUCCAGUCCGCAGGCCUAACUUCAAAAACACAGAGCCCAGAAACCUGCAGCGAAUCCACGACUCCCUGCAACUCACAGCAGAUGGUGAGUCGAGGCUGGGCUCCAGUGAGGAGCCUAAGCUGGAGGAAGUGGGUGUGGGCAGCAGAAGGAGGUGGGACUACAAGGACCCAUAUCACCAGCUGAGCAGCCAGAGGUCGACUGUCCAGGAUGAUUAUUUUGACCUGUCCCCACCACAGCAAAAUGACUACCUGAGGAGUGUGAUUGGGGGAUGUGCAAGAGGUUCACUGCUGGAGUCAGAGAGUGCUUUCAUUGAUCCCCUCGGCGAUGCCUCUCCGGUGCCACAGACCCCUGAACCAGAAAGAAACCGUCAGCUUUCAGCUCGAGAGAGGAGAAGACUUGCCAAGCAGCCCCAGCACCACCAGGGACGAACUGCUUCCAGCCGGCAUCAGGACGACUACUCCUCCCACUCAUCCAACACGCUGCAGCGAGAAGCCGAGUGCGGCGGUGAGUGGAGGAGCCUGAACAGGACAAGUCGACUGAUGGCGCCCAGUCGUGGCGGCACAGCUGGGCUGUUGGAUCUGUCUGAUGACGACUCCUCCCCUUCUCGGUUUACUCCUCACAAUCCUGACCAUCAGAGCUCUGGAGAAACUGUUUCUUCUGAUCGCUGGACGCGACCGGAAACAUCGGACACGCUGAAAUGUUUGGACCAUCCUUUAAGGAGGGAGCGGCUGACAACGUAGGACCUUCUUCCCCAAAGCUUGGAGGUGCCUUCCACUUUAGACAGCUCGUCUUUAUUCAAAGACUUAUGGAGCCAUUUUGGAUCAUGAGAAGAUUGUUGGUUUAAAGUGAAAGCCUCUGUGACCGAUGGAUGAAUGAACAUCUGUCUGAAAAAUGAUGCCUUGUAGCUUGUACUUUUUAAAUCAUUGUUUACAUGAAAACCUCAGCUUCUGAUCCCACAGUGGGAAACCUACAUGUUUUUGGACAUUUGUUAUUUUAUUGACUAAAUUAUGGUUUAAAUAAAUUAUAUUUUAAUUAUA